AUGGAGAAAACUGUUAUUUUAUUAACCGUCGCUUCGUUAGUUACCGGUAUUCAAUAUGAUGGUCUCAGAGUAAAGUUCGGAUGGUCGGACGCCCUAGCUGAUAUAGAAUACUUCUUCGCGAUCCCUCGCACUAUCAGCGAAGUGGAGACAGAGGGAUGGCAGCGGAUGGAACGACCACCGGGGCCUUUACCAGAGCUCAGGAUGUACUGCCCUCCUGGUCGAGGAGUGUGUCCGUUAUAUGAUACAGCUGGAUUUGUAGCAGGACUUAUGAUUGCUAUCCCAGUGGACGAGUUCGACUCCCCACCAGUAAAGCCGGAGAAGAAAUUUGUGAAAUGGCAAGCCGCUGCAAGUGCAGGAGAACCACCCCGGGAGUACUGGACUGCCACACAAUAUUUCGUGUCAGAAGACUAUGUAUUCUCCUUAGAGUCCCUAAAGGCAGGUGCUGGACCCCAGGUAGAGAACGGUGCUACGUUGCAAGACGGUGGAGUCUGGGUAUCAGACCUUGACGGUAGACUGAUGAGAAUCCCGAGCACAGAGGCAGAGUUAAACAGCACUGCGUUCAAAAAGCAGAAUUGUAUACCUAACAUGGGUAUUCACUAUUACUACAACAUGACUCGAAAUCUCAAGUGUGAGGAUCUCUUGCCAUGGUUUGCGCUGACCACUCAAGGGGACCUCGUUGGUACUGGGUUCCAGGUGAUUGGCAAGCUGCCACGACAAAAGCACAGAGAGUGGUUUGAAAGAAUUCCUUCGCCUAAACAAGGUGUACAGGUCACCAUUCCUUAUGCACCGUCGUGCUUGACAGACUGGGCUGAGAAGUACGGUGUGUUGUCUAUGCACAUCUACUUCACGAACGAUCCUUGGAACAUCAAGUGCAUAACCGGUGACUCUAUUCAGCCAGCGCCACCAUUGGACCGAAUCAUUUUGAAUGGGUACAAAUAUAUGAACAAAAUUACCGACGAAGUAUACAAGAUAUUUAAUGGUUAA